CUCACCUUUAAAAAAGAGUGAAAAACAAAAGUCGAAGUCUUUUUUGACAUUGGGUUUUGAUAAAUACUGAGAUUAGAUUCCCCUUAUUCACUCUCCUCUUCUUUCUUCCAUUUUAAGGCCUCCUCCUGGGGUAAAUAUCAGAGACCCUUUUUUUAAUGUUAGUUUCAUGGACUGCUGGGAAAAAAAGAAGAGUUUUGCUUGUGGAGGAUAUAAAGAAAGAAAAGGAAAUUUGUGGUGAAUAUGAUGUUCAUGUGUUGGUGAAAAGGAAAGGUUUUGUUUUGAGGUUUGAAUUUCAUUUUAGGCUUUGUUUUGGGGUUUGAGAGUUAUGUUUUUUUGGGGCAUAGCCAUUUGAAGAUGUAUUGGGUUCAUCAUCAUCAGCAGCAGCAAAUCAAGCAAAAAGAUGGUUACUUUCAAUAUCCACCCCCUCUUCCUCCAUCUCCUUUAACUGCUACAGAUUUUCAUAGAGAUUCAAACCCUUUAUCAUCGUCAUCUUCUGGUACUAGAAUUAGUCCUGCUGUUCUUUUCAUUAUUGUGAUCUUGGCUGUUCUGUUUUUAAUCUAUGGUCUCCUCAAUCUGCUUGUUAGAUUCCUUAUAAAACAUCCAUCUUCAUCUACAUCUUCUCAAUCUAAUAAUAGAUACACUGAAAUGUCCACCUCUGAUGCUCUUCGAAGACAGCUGCAACAGCUGUUUCACCUCCAUGAUUCCGGCUUAGAUCAAGCUUUCAUUGACGCUUUACCUGUUUUUCAUUACAAAGAAAUAGUUGGUCCCAAGGAGCCCUUUGACUGUGCCGUUUGUUUAUGUGAGUUCUCUGAGAAAGAUAAGCUGAGAUUGCUUCCUAUGUGUAGCCAUGCUUUUCAUAUAAACUGCAUUGACACUUGGCUGUUGUCGAAUUCAACAUGCCCUCUCUGUAGAGCCACCCUUUUCACUCCUGAGUUUUCAAUGGAGAAUCCAGUCUUUGAUUUUGAUGACAUGAGGGAAGAUGAAUUGUGUGCUGGUCAUGGUGAAAAUGGAUGCACUCCUAGUCAGAAAACAGUGGAGAUGGAAGAAGUUAAUGUGGACAAAGGGGUUUUGCCUGUUAGGUUAGGGAAAUUCAGAAGGCUAAGUGGUGAACCAGAUGCGGCUGGGGGUGAAACCAGUAGCAGCAACUUAGAUGCAAGGAGGUGUUUCUCAAUGGGUUCAUAUCAGUAUGUGCUAGGCAAUUCAGAUCUGAGGGUUACCCUCUCUAAUGGUCGACAAAGCGGCCAGCCCCUGGGCAAUGGUAUUAAGCUAUCAAGAGGCUUGGAACAUAAUGGGAAUUCAUCGACCGAAAGAGAUGCCGAAGAGAAAAGGAUCAGUAGUAUGAGUAAAGGGGAAAGCUUUUCGGUUUCCAAGAUCUGGCUUUGGUCUAAGAAAGGCCAAUUCUCAAGUUCUUCGGAUGCUCAAAUUGGUAUGCCAUCUUCUCUUUACUCAGACCUACCAUGGCUGAAGAAAUCACAAGAACAAUGAAAGGUUAAUGUAAUCCUUACUCAAUUGAUCAGGUCAAAGCUUAUUGUGCUUUACCUUUGCUCUUAUGUCACAUGUUUUUUGUUCUGAAAUCUUAUACUUGAAAAGUUACUCACCAAUCACCAUAGCCAUUUGCUUUUGUUGUA